CCUAAACCUAAAAAACCCUCUGCGAGUGAUUCGGAAAAUGUAGAUAAUCGAUGUGUAUUGACAUAAUUUUUUUUUUUUUGAAGUUCAGCAUAUACUGUGCUUGCGAAAGUGAAUUGUAACACCAAAAGAAGACAUUACUAAGGAAAUGCUUUGCGAUUGCUUCGUCGGUAAUGCCAUCGCCAUUUCUGUUGGGGUAGUUACCAUCCUUUUAACCUACUUUAAAUGGACCUACCAGUACUGGGAACGUAAAAAAGUGCCCUAUAUUAAACCAACCAUUCCAUGGGGUAACGGAAGCAACCCAUUUAAACGCAAAUUGCACUCAGCUAUAGAAGCAGCACGUAUUUAUGACCAAUUGAAAGCUAAGGGAUGGAAACACGGAGGAGUUUUCUCAGUCUUAACCUGUGCGUACAUGGUUGUAGAUUUAGACUACUUGAAGAAUAUUUUGACAAAGGACUUUGACCAUUUCGUAGACCGGGGACUGUACUGUAACGAAGACGCUGACCCUCUAAGUGCCCAUUUGUUUGCCAUAGGUGGUGAAAAGUGGCGAAAUUUGAGAGCUAAAGUCGCUCCAACUUUCACUUCCGAGAAAAUGAAGAUGAUGUUUCAAACGCUGGUGGACUGUGUUCCUAAUUUCUUGUCAAAAAUUGAGGUAGAUCGUGUGGCCAAUGUAUCAAUUGAUAUAAAAGAGAUCCUUGAAUGUUUCACUACUAACAUAAUUGGGACGUGCGCCUUUGGUCUAGAAUUUAGCACAUUCAAAGGAGAAGAUUCCCUUUUUAGAAAAUACAGUAGGAAAUUUUUUGAGCGGAAUAUUCUCAGAUUACUGAAAAUAAUUUUUGCUAUAAAAUCUCCUAAUAUCGCAAAGAAGUUAGGUGUGACGGUGAUUCCUACUGACAUUGCUAACUUCUUCAUUAAGCUUGUCAAAGACACUGUUAACUACAGAGAGAAACACAACUACAGUCGCAAAGACUUCAUGCAACUGCUGAUUGAUAUCAAAGGUAACAAACUUGCGACAGGAGGUGACAAGUAUGACGACAAAACAUUAACUCUUGAUGAAAUCGCUGCCCAAAGUUUCUCUUUCUUUGUCGCGGGAUUUGAAACCUCAAACGCGACCAUGACUUUUGCUCUCUAUGAGCUUGCGAAACACCAAGAUAUACAAGAUAAACUCAGAGAAGAAAUUAAUAGCGUUUUGGCAAAACAUAAUGGAGAGAUUACUUAUGAAGCUAUCCAGGACAUGAAGUAUAUGGAUCAAGUAAUAAAUGAAAGCUUGAGGAAAUACCCGCCGGUGGCCUUGAUAACCAGAAAGUGCGUUAAAGACUAUAAAGUUCCAGGCCAAGAUGUGAUGAUAGAAAAAGGUACUAUGGUUUUUGUCCCAGUUUUUGGUAUUCAUCAUGAUAAGGAAUUCUACCCAGAUCCAGAGAAAUUCGAUCCCGAUCGAUUUACUGAAGAGAAUAAGAGUAAAAGGCACCGUUAUGCGCACAUUCCGUUUGGCGAAGGACCUAGGAAUUGUAUAGGUGCACGUUUUGGUGUAAUGCAAUCAAAAGUGGGGCUAACUACUCUUCUCAAACGUUAUAAAUUCACAGUUAACAAGAAAACAAUAGAACCACUGAAAAUGAAAGUGACCUCCCUUGUGUUAACUGCGGAAGGAGACGUUUGGUUAAAUGCAGAAAAAAUAUAGAUGGGGUUCAUAUUUUCAACAUUUUAGCAUAAAUCUUGUUAUUUCCACAUAUGUUAUUUAAUUUUAAUGUUAUUUUUUUGUAACUACGUUAAGAUUAACGUCGUUGCAAUUUGUACAAAGGUUUUUUCUUGUUAUAAUGUUAUUUUAAGUAGUAGGAGAGUACGUAGGUAACGUCAAGAUUAGAGUCUGUAUAGUGUAUCUACUUCUUAUAUUGCAAUGUUUGGAUAUGUACAGUUGAAGAA